AUGGAGGAAGACGAAGAUGAAAGGAAAAACAGGCGGCCUAAGCUCGCUGCCAUUAGUUCGUUAAAUGCGAGAGUCGUUCAUUCUUCUUUAGAAGAAGGGUUGGUUCGUCAGCAGGCGUCAGCGGAAUCUAAUGACGCUAACACCUCCAGUAUUUCAACAGCUCAAUACAGUGACAGAAGCUUCGUAUCAAAAACGAGCACAUUCUCUCGCAGUGGCACCUCGAGUUCCAGUCAAGAAGAGUGCGAGGUUGCCCAAACAACAAUAACGAGCGGGCAGUACUUAGCUGCUGCGCGUGUAGAGACAGCGAGGUCUAUGGAGAGUCUCCGUCCAAGUAAAGAUUCGUCGCCGGCGCGCCCUGCAAGCUCGUGCACCUCAGUUCGCGUUCACCGCAGCUCGUUUCUCACAGCCAGCGAGAGAGAUGUACGCGAAACGCGGGGCGCGCCAGCUCGACGAGCGUUGUCUGGUGAGGAUAUGGGGAACGCGGAGAAACGACGCGGGCUAUUCGCAAGCACCGAAAGACGCGCCUUGCAACAGCUCAGCUUACCUCCACCGGAGCGUCGGCUGACUAUUUUAAGCCCGCACAGUCCAAUGGCUGUGAAUGAACUUCAGUGGCCUUCUCCGUCUGGCAUCCGAGGCAGGCGAAAGAAAGGAAUGGUGCUACCGAAGUUGAUACUGCCGCGCAGCGACUCUGAUGGCUCCGACGUUUUCUUUGAAAGGUGGUAUACCCAUACUAGACAUUAG